AUGUCUCAUUAUUCUGAAGCAAGUAGUCGAACAAAAUCCCCUUCCGUCCAUGGCGAAUGUAGGUGUGGUCUUGAUGCACCUUUGAUGACUUCUUGGACUGAUUCUAACCCAGGACGUCGUUUUUACGGGUGUGGGAUGUACAAGAUUCAGGGGUACAAGAGAUGUAAUCAUUUUGUUUGGUAUGAUGAAGAGAUGGACCCUAGAGCAAAAGAGAUGAUUUCAACAUUGAACCAGAAACUGAAAAUUGCAAAUCUCAAAAUUGAUGCAGGGAAGAUCCAAGAAGAUGAAAUGAGCAAGAAGUCUCAAUUUGCAGUUGUAAUACUUUUGAUUAUUUAUGAGACAAGUUGUACUAAUAUGACCACGACCAAAGGCCACAACUGUGGACCAUUAGUAGGGUAA